AUGCCCUACCUCCCAGAGGAGAUCGUCCUCAUCAUCCUCUCCCGAUUACCCGCCAAGUCCCUCCACCGAUUCAAAUCCGUCUGCCGCUCAUGGCGUUCCGCCAUCUCCUCCGACCUCGAUCUCCUCCGCGCCCACACCCGCCAUUUCGCCCUGCACCACAGCAGCCUCUCCGUCGGCACGCCGCGCAUCUUCCGCCUCCCCCACCACUGCCCCUCCGCCUCCUCCGGCAGCUGCCGCUUCCGCCUCUACACCGCCGCCGACGGGAGCUUCCACCACGUUGAAUAUCUCUGCUACAUUCGCCUGCCGGGGCUCUGCACCGAGUGCGCCGCCGACGGCCUGCUCGUUCGAGACCCGAUCGUGGUCCGAUAA